UUCUGUUUCUUUUUUUUUUCAGACAUAAACACGGUGUGAUGACGUCACCUCCAUGCGCCAGUGGAUCGACCCUCGCGUGCUCGUUGUGGUCGUUAGCCUUUGACGUCUCGCUGUCGGUACCGGACAGUUCGCCGCACCAAAACAGAAAUGUCGGUCACCGAGAUGUUCAGCUACAUCCAGGGUUUCCUGAGCGCCGACCAGGACGUCCGAGAGGAAAUUCGUAAGGUGGUUCAGGGUUUGGAGCAGACUGCCAGAGAAAUACUGACUGUACUUCAAAGUGUCCACCAACCCUCUGGAUUUAAAGAAAUUCCCAGUAAAUGCGCAAAGGCCAGGGAAUUGUUCUGCACAGUCAAGACACAAAUCGGAGACCUCAAAACCAAAUUUCCAGCGGAGCAGUAUUACAGGUUCCAUGAACACUGGCGCUUUGUUCUGCAGCGUCUGACUUUCUUAGCAGCUUUUGUUGUCUACCUGGAAAGUGAAAACCUGGUGACACGGGAGGAAGUGGCUCAGAUACUUGGAAUUGAGGUGGUGCGAGAGAAAGGCUUCCACCUGGACGUAGAAGAUUACCUGGCAGGUGUGCUGAUCAUGGCAAGCGAGCUGUCCCGGUUGGCAGUCAACAGCGUCACAGCUGGAGACUACAACCGACCGCUUCGCAUCUCAAACUUCAUCAACGACCUGGACUCGGGCUUCCGUCUGCUCAACCUGAAGAACGACCCCCUUCGGAAGCGCUACGACGGCCUUAAAUACGACGUGAAGAAGAUCGAGGAGGUGGUCUACGACUUGUCCAUCCGCGGCCUGGCCAAGGAGUCCGAAUCAAGCGGAGACAAGUAAAGAGGACAAAAGCGGUUGAGGGAGAAGAGCGAAGGAGCAGCAGCCACCUCCAGCCAGAACCAGUCUACUGUGGAAGAGCUAAAGCAAGAAGAAGACCCAGGGAUCUACCUGAGACCCCAGCAGCCAAGGACUAACUGUAUGAGUGUGUGUAUUUGUGCUGCUGAAGGCCAUUCUGGUAGUGGGACAGCAAAGACCGAUCGAGAUGGUGACGCCUUCAUUCCUACGUUUAAGAUCAAAAGCUGAGCUUGAUGUCAUUUCUUGAAAAAUUGUUCAGUGUUUUUUUAAUGAUGUCUGAGCCUAAACGUACUAAAGUAAACAUCUUGCCUGUAUUUGCCUGAAUAUAAGACUUUUUUUGUUGAAAUGUGUCUAAAAUGUUCCUAUCGUCUUGUACUCAGGGCAAUACUGUAUUUUGUUCAUGUUAAAUGGCUGAAAAUAAUAAUUCGAUUCUAUUUCAAGUCUCAUUUAUCUAAAAAAAAAAACAAUUGUUGACAUUUGGAAUUUAAAGUCAGACAAUAGAAAAUCAUUUCUGUAUUUUUCAGAGCCAUCUUUUCUUUAACAGAAAUGUUUAGUCAUUAGCUUCUGUCUCUUAUAAGGUUUAACACGAGAAGCCAAAGACACUCGGAUGCACUAAAAAUCACGUAAAAAGCUACUGUGAUCAGAUUCCUGCACUGGGGAACUCUUGCAAGUCGUGCCAUAAAAUAUCUGUUCGUUUUUCUAAAGGCUGAUGAAGCUUUUAUUUUGAAGUUCAUUUGUAAAAACUGUCAUGUUGCUGCAUUUAAGUGUAUUGCAUUCUCUAGUGUUUCUGGAACUGUUCUGUAUCCUUGAAAAAAAGAAAAUCAUUGGAUUUGUA